GGGCCGGGUGAAUGGGAUUGAAGAAGAGUUCAGCUUCUCGGCUUGUUUUUGUGUCACAGUUUCUCUUCUUCUGCGCCUCUUCUGCUUCGUUCCUUUCUUCCUGCCUGUCCCCUCCUCCCCUCUGCAGGAGGAGCCCCCCUGGGAAAGGGGAAGGAAAAGGACCCCUCAGAGGAGAGAGAGAGAAGAGAAAAGCAGGAGGAGGAGGAGGAGGAGGAGGGAGCAACCAACCAACCAUCUUCCACUCCCAGCUUAGAUUAAAGAAAGUGAGAGGAGGAGGAGAGAGAGAGGAGCCAAGAAGAGGGGGACAGGGAGGCCCAGAGGAGCAGCUGCACCGCCUUCUCCCUAUGAAGAGGACUCCUUUCCCCCUCAAACAGAGGUCCUGCCAGGGGGACCCCAGCCAGACCACCUCGGCGGCAACAUCACCACCACCAGCAGGGGGGGCUAGAGGGCUGAAGAGGAUACUUGUUUAGCAAAGUUGGACUACUGUAAAAGCAAAGUUUUUCUUUUCAUUAAAACAAGCAUCUGAAGGUGUGGGGAUUUGGUAACCUCAACAGCGCAAGAAAGUGGAGAAGGCAGAGAAUGGAGUUGCAGACUCUACAGGAGGCUCUGAAAGUAGAAAUUCAGGUUCACCAGAAAUUGGUUGCCCAAAUGAAACAGGAUCCACAGAAUGCUGACUUGAAGAAGCAGCUUCAUGAACUCCAAGCCAAAAUCACAGCUUUGAGUGAAAAACAGAAAAGAGUCGUUGAACAACUGCGGAAGAAUUUAAUGGUAAAGCAGGAACAGCCUGAUAGUAAGUUUCAAAUACAGCCAUUGGCACAGACAGAAAAUAAAAUACAAACAUCACAGCCUCUACAGCAGCAGCCACAGCAGCCACAGCAGCAGACCACUGCACCCUCUCCAAACCUGCUUGGAUCACAGAAAACUGUAACUACAGCUUCUAUGAUCACCACCAAGACACUACCUCUUGUUCUGAAAGCAACAGCAACCAUGCCUGCCUCUGUUGUGGGUCAAAGACCUACAAUUGCCAUGGUGACUGCCAUCAACAGCAGCCAGAAAACUGUCCUUAGCACUGAUGCACAGAACACGCCUGUCAACCUCCAGACAACAAAUAAGGUCACUGGUCCAGGAACAGAGGCAGUACAAAUAGUGGCAAAAAAUACAGUCACAUUGCAGGUUCAAGCUACAGCUCCUCAACCUAUCAAAGUGCCACAGUUCAUCCCUCCUCCCAGACUUACUCCUCGUCCAAAUUUUCUUCCACAGGUUCGACCAAAACCAGUUGCCCAGAAUAACAUACCUAUAGCUCCAGCCCCACCUCCUCCUAUGCUUGCUGCUCCUCAACUUAUUCAGAGGCCUGUGAUGUUGACCACAAAGUUCACCCCCACCUCCUUACCCUCUACACAGAAUUCCAUACACCCAGUUCGUGUUGUGAAUGGGCAAACAGCAACCAUAGCCAAAACUUUUCCAAUGGCACAACUCACCAGCAUUGUUAUAGCAGCCCCAGGUGCCAGGCUUGCUGGACCUCAGACUCUACAGAUCAGCAAACCAAAUGUUGAGAAGCAGACAGUCAAGCCCCAAGUAGAAACGGAGGAGAAGCCAACAGAGAUUCAUACUGUUACCUCUCCUGCACCUCCCAAGCCAAAACGAGAAGAAAACCCACAGAAACUUGCCUUUAUGGUUUCUCUUGGACUUGUUACGCAUGAUCAUCUGGAAGAAAUACAAAGUAAAAGACAAGAAAGAAAACGAAGAACCACAGCAAAUCCAGUUUACAGUGGAGCUGUUUUUGAGCCUGAGCGCAAGAAGAGCGCGGUCACAUAUCUGAACAGCACAAUGCAUCCUGGGACACGUAAACGAGGUCGUCCACCUAAAUACAACACUGUGCUGGGAUUUGGGGCUCUCACCCCCACAUCCCCUCUGUCCAGUCAUCCUGAUUCCCCUGAAAAUGAAAAGACAGAGACAUUUACUUUCCCUGCAACUGUUCAGCCUGUAUCCUUACCCAGCCCCAGCUCCAUGGACGGUGAUAUCCAUGAAGAUUUUUGCAGUGUAUGCAGGAAAAGUGGCCAGCUACUUAUGUGUGAUACAUGUUCACGUGUAUAUCACUUGGACUGUCUAGACCCACCUCUGAAAACAAUUCCUAAGGGCAUGUGGAUUUGCCCCAAAUGUCAAGACCAGAUGCUUAAGAAAGAAGAAGCAAUUCCAUGGCCAGGGACUUUAGCAAUUGUUCAUUCAUAUAUUGCAUACAAAACAGCAAAAGAAGAAGAAAAACAGAAAUUACUAAAAUGGAGUUCAGAUUUAAAGCAGGAAAGAGAACAAUUAGAACAGAAAGUCAAACAACUCAGCAAUUCUAUAACAAAAUGUAUGGAAAUGAAGAACACAAUCCUGGCAAAACAGAAGGAAAUGCACAGUUCACUGGAGAAGGUAAAACAGUUAAUUCACCUCAUCCAAGGCAUCAACCUUUCCAAAUCCAUAAACUCUGAAGGCAGUUCAGCAGCCAUCUCCAAUGGCAUGGACUCCGCCAGUAAUGUGACAGCUGCCACCUCCUCCACCCCAGCAUCUUCCCCCUCCCAGAGCUGCAUGGUGAACUGUAAGAAGGGCAAUGAGACUAAAUAACAGAGCACAAUAAGAAGGAGCCAGAGGAGAUGGCAGCAAAGCAGAAGAACAUAAGAGACCCUCUAGAAAAGGAAAUGGAUUUCUUCUGGAAAGUACAAGAAACUCUUUAGUUCCAGAAAGAGUGCGAAGAUGCUCGUGCCGGGCGGCACUAAGUUUGCCAAUUGAUCCUUCUUAUUCUGUGUGUACGUGCAAAGUUUGGACCAUGUUACAUGAAUAGUGCCAGCUGGAGGUUCUUAGCCAGCACCAUGCCAAGUUAAAUAAGAUAUUUACUCUCUAUAUUUUACACCAGAGUGUGCCUGCAGCAGCCUCCACAGCCACUAUAGGUUUGUUUUUUUAUUUUUAUUUGGGGGCAGGGAGCAGGGAGGAGCAGGUUUCAGACCUUAUCUAUAGACCAGUUUUUGUUUAGCUAGGGGAACUUCAAAUCCAAAGAGCCUGUGAGCUUUUCCUGUUUCUAAAUUGUCCAUAUUACUAAACCAAAAAUGCAAAAAUAAGAAUUAACAAAUCCUAGUAUCCUAAAAGGGGAUGGGGAAGGGGAGAAAAACUUAUCCAGUAAGCAGUAUUUACAACUGUUUUUACAGAAAACACAACAAAGGAUUUUUCAGGAAGUAUCCAAAAGGCUGAAGAUUACAAGACUGGCAACUUUGGGUUGUCCCCCCACCCCCCACCCCCUUCUUUCUCUCUCUUAAUGUAUUCAGAAAAUAUAUUCAAAUGCAAAUGAAAUGCAUUGUUGAUUUAGUUGCUACGUUAAGAAGGAAGCUUUUACUGAGGUAGCUUGGAAGGAGACUAACAUGAUCAGCCUGCAUUUUUGUAAAGCAGGCCAUGAGUGAAAAGAAUUUUUUUUCUCUUUUUGGUACAUUUGUCCAGCAAAAGCAGUAUCCCAAACAGCACAGCACAUGUCCCUAAUGUAUUGCCCAAAUAGGUAAAAUGCCUGUUUCCUUUGUUCCUUUCUCUUUUGGUUACAAAUAUAAGGAAUAGAAAAACUCUUUUUUUCAGGCUGACAGUCCAAUAAAAAGGUAGAUGGGACCUUGCAUGGUAUAGAUUAGAAGUAAUAGUGUCAGUGAGAUACAGUGAGUCUUUGUGAGUCCGUGUGUCAUCGUUUUGGGCACUGUUUUUUAUGCAAGGGCAAAUCUUUGUAUCUGGGGAAAAAUAACUUUUUUUAAAUUAAAAAAAGAAAAAAGAUAUUGAGGUCUUCCUAGUGUUACUUAAAAUAAGAUCAAGGUAAGAAACAUUGUAAAAAAUUACAAAAGUGCUAUUUGUUUCCUAAACAAGUGAUUUCUAUUAAAAAGGUGUCAGAACUGGAGUAAAUUCUGUGUACUUAGAUUUUUUUUUUUAAACAAACAGAUUUUAUUUCUGGUAUUGCCAUAAUGCUGUGGUUUCAGUUUGAAAAUGCCUUGGAGUGGAUAUCUUGAUGUUGUCAUGCCAUUGAAACAGCCUUCACGAUUAAACUGAAUCUGAGCUGAAACCAUUUUUUUACACUAAGGGGAUCUCUUCUCUGUAAAAGCACAGAGAAUAGCAUUGACAGCAUUAAUCAUUUUUAUUCUAUUGCAAUAUAGCACCUAAGCUGAUGGAUAACACUUCUUAUCUUACUUUUUAAGAUAAUUGUCAAACUAAUCCUGCAAUGAUCGAAAGGCUGAUGCUGGACAUCAAAUCUGUAAGCCUGAAAUAGCCAGUUUUGUAUAUAUCAGUGCAAUCACCCAACGUGUUUUUUGUGGCAAAACUCAUGUCACUAAAUCAUGACAAUGUUGGCCCAAACGUUAUCUGGAUACAUGUUAGCAGAACUCUUUAUUUCUGCUAAUCAUUAAUGAUACAGGUGCGCUUAUUCUACAUUAAAGAUCUAUGCAUCAUUAUGCACUUUAUUUGUAUACUCAUUUCAAGUUUGCUAGUUAUUGUGGCUGUUCUGUUUUUUUUGUGGCUUCCAUUCUUAUCCCUGAGGUUUCAGUCAUUUUUAGUUAGGCUUCUUGCUUUUAGGGCCUAGCAACUGAUGGUUCAUUCUCAAGUUAAUUAGUAAAAAAUAAGAAAAAAAAAUCCCGUCAAACAGAACUUGCUUUACAUUUGAAAAUGUCAGGGUUAAAUGUCAACUCUUGAUAUUUUGUAGUGAAGCUAGCAUAUUUCCAAAGAUUAUAUGUCAUUAAUGGGUAUAAAUGAAAGACAGACACUCAGUCAGAUUGACAGUUGCUCUGAGUAUACAGUAUCAUCACAAGAAUACACAGAGCAAAUAUUGUAAAUUUUGUGUUUUAGUAAGCCAACCAUUUAAUAAACCCAUUUCCUAUUGUUGCCUGCCUGGGAUGUUUUAGCAAGCGAGAUUACACGUGUGAUGAGUUGAAUUUGACUUUACAGGUUGCAAGUUUUUAGCCCUGUGUUAAAGACACCUUUUAGAGAAAAAGGAAUGAGUGAAAUUGCCCAGUUUUCUCUGCUGAUAGUAGCAAACAAGAUCUUAAAUAUUAGUUACUUUAUUCCCAUUUGCUGGGUCCCUGAGUUCACUUUGAAUUGGUUGGAGUUUGGUAUCCAUGGUCACCUUCUGUCCUUCAGAGGGAAGUGGAAUAAAGGCAGAACUACUCUUCCUGCUAAAUGUGACAAAGGCUGAAACAGGGAUCCCCCCACGGCAAGUUAUUCUCUUCCUUUAGAUGCUGUAAAUCGUGAAUAACAAAAUUUUGAGUCAGUGCCUCAGAAAGGUAGGGCAACUUCUUUAUAAAGAAGUAUAAAAAAGUGUUGGGUUCCAGUUUCAUAAUUAUAUGAAGGAUAUGAUUGCUUGAGGCAAAUCUCCCAUGUACUAAAAAUCUGUUUUGGAUUUAUUCUGAUAAAAUGAAUAAAUCUUUUGUCUUCUGACUAGUAGGAUUGUCACCCAGCACUAUUGGAUAUCAUAAAUAAGGCUGUUGUCAGUUUAUCGUUCUUCAAUUUUAUACAUGCAUACUUUUCUUUGCAUCUCCUGCCCUGGCAUUGUAACCAGUUAAGAUGAAGGGAAAGAGAGGAAAGCAAUCAUUAGCAGGCUAUUCUGAAUUCUCAGUGUCCAGAAACAAAACAUUGUUCAUAGAUUUGACUUUUGAAAAAUACAGCACAAAUUAUAAAAUAAAGUUUGGAUUUUAUAGAAGGAUUCUUUCAUAUUUCCAGAAUGGAUAAAUAUUUGUUUUAUUGAACAAAAAAUGUGCAAUGAUGUAAUGGAUGUUAGAUUUUUUUCAAUGCAAGGGGUUGGUCUCAAAAUAAAAGGGAACCACAGAAAAGACGUUUCUUGUGAGAUAAGAUUGCCAUUAUACAUUAUUUUAUUAGCUAGAAUUUAUUAGCUAGAAGUUCCGUGUUUCUAAUAACACUUCAUGUCAGCACUGUGUCAGAGAAAUAUUCAGAAACAUCAUUAGAAUUAGGACAAACCAUGCUUAUGGUUGCUACUGGCUUACAAUUAAUCUUGGUUUUCUCCUCCUCCUCCUCCUCUGCUCAGUGCCACAUUGGCUGUUUAUAUCUUGUCAGCUGUAUCGGUAUAUCACAAUACAUUCUCUUAUAAAUGUGUGGUGCUGUAUAUCAUGGAAUUCGCUGUGAAUGUGUGAGGAAGUAAUUUGGAGUUUAAAAUAUUUUGAUUUAUAUUGUAAAAAAAUGAAAGAAUUGAUUAGAUGGGCUGGUCCUUUGUGGGACUUGAUGCACUUAAUCUACUGGAAAAUUGUAUCAAAUAAUUGUGCAAACACAGAUUUGUGAUGCAGCUGUAGGGCAGCAACGAGCUUCCCCUUGGCUUAACAUUGUGACUCCCCCUUAUUUUAAGAUUUUGAUCCUAUUUAAUCCAUUGAUUUCCUUUAAACUGUGAACACAUAGCAAAGCCUUCUUGCAGUCAUUCUACAAUCCUUUCCAUUUUUUAACGUUCCUACUUAAGAGAGGUGUUCUUGAUCAAUUCAGAAUUGCAAUAUAUAGAUAACAUAUGACCCCUGCUACAAAUCCUAGGAUUACAAAUUAUGUUCCUCAUUAUAAUUGAUUAUUUCCUGUCCCGUCCCCCCCCCCCCCCCCCAAAAAAAAAGCUCAACUCUGACAAUGAGUGAAAGCAAGAAGGUUCUACUGGUAGAUUUGGUUCAGAAAAAAACACAUAUGCCUCAUAAAAAGGGACUUGAUUCCCUCCUUCAUCUCCAACUGAUUUAGGUAGUGUUGUGUAAAACGUGAAGUUAUGUUAAAUUCCUGGGCUCUACCAAUGUGAUAUAGUGGAACAAAAAAGCAGGGUUCUUUCCCAAUGUGUCUUCCCAUUAACAGGUGAUCAUGAAACCAUAAGGUUCUGUAAUGUUCUUCAAAUAUUGAUAAACGUAUUGCAUAUCUAAGAAUGGAUAAUAACUGGCUGUUGUCUUAUGUACAUGCCAUGCCAUUUUUAGAGUAGCUCUACACAGCUCUCUCAUUUUUAAAAAUCAUGACUGAAAUAAGUAUAUUUUUAGCAUUAAAUAUCUCCCUGUCUCCCAACACUUAUUCUACCUCAGUUUAUCUAAGGUCUCCUUUGUAAAGUACAAGACCUUUAAAAUGAACGUUUGGGGUUACACAUCACACUUAGCCCUAACGUGACUUUGACAUUCUGUAUAUAAAUCAGACAUUAUGAUUUACUCAGCAAGAUUUUGUUUAUCCUGAAGUAUGAACCUUACCAAGGAGUUAAUUCUAGUCCACAUAGAUAACCAUCUUCUGGUAAAUAACCAUCUUCAAAUAUUUGCCAAACUUUCUUUAAACACUUGGGAGGAAGCAAUGAUAAGCAUGUCAGCUCUGUCUGUCUUCUGUAAUCCUUUUCACCAUUCUUCAUGUGUAAAAGACUGCUGAGAUGCUCCUCUUACCCACAAAGGCUUUCCAUGCAAUUUAGAACCCUGAUUUAAAAUCACAAAGGAGCCUUUCUUUGCAAAUUUUCCUCUACCUAUUGAAGGUGAUAAAGGCAAUGAUUGGUGUGUUACAUCUGCUGUCAAUAUUCUUUAGAUAUAGAAAGACUACUCUUUGGAAAUGGUUGAUGAGUUCUUAACUUUAUUUCCCUUUGCCAAUAUCUCAGUGAUUUUUGUACUUUGUAGCUGUGUACUUAUAUAUCAGCCUUGAUGUCAGAAACAUGGCAGCUGGAUCACUGUGAAGAGUCUUGUUGUCAGAAUCUUCUACUAAAGUAAGGAGUACACCAAACUUUUCUGUUAACUAUUCUGCUUUUGUUAUGGCAUAAAGGUAGGUCUUGGGGAACAAGACACCCGCUUCAUGAUGACAUCCCUUAAAACACCAAGGAAAAAUCCCAUUAAUGCUAAUUUGUAUUGCAAAUAUAAGGCCAAGAGGAAUUAAGCCAGGACUGAAAUUUCAGUAUUUAAGUAGGAAACUCUUGUUUUAGUUUUUUUUUUUUAAAAAGGAAUUAAUAAAUGCUAGUCUAUUUAGGCUUCCUUGUCAAGUACCUAGGAUGUAUUUAAUGUUACAUUAAUUUGUAUCUUAUUUUGUAAUUCGCUCAGUUAUGCAGUUAACACAGAUAUUCCUACUGACUUCCCUAUGAAUCAUCUGUGUAUCUUUAUUUUAAGACCUGAUUCAAUUGUUUAUAGCAAAACUUUCUGAUAAUUGGAAGAGGACUCCUUGCAAUAACUAGUGUGUGAUAAAAAGUGGCUGACCUCACGGAAAACUACAUUUUUGCUUUUCCAGCAGUAAGUCUCCAGCCCAGUAUAUCCAUCUUUGGAAUCACAUGCAGGAACAUGUAGCCUCAUGGAGCCAGCAAUUGGCUGCUCCAUACCAUACUGUCCAUUCCUUUUGCAAUGUACAUUCCAACUAAAUUCAACUCCACUUGUACUGCAGCCCAGUCCUUAACAUCAUUUGUAAGACUAAGUAAAUUUGGUGCAACCUGUUUCACAGAUAGUCGCCCUGUGAAUGGUAUACAGAUACAUGACCUUACCUAAGGAUUUUGUUUUUGCUUUUUGGGUGGGUGGGUGGGUGGGAAUUAAGAU